GCCCCCCAUGAAGCGCGGUCUGGAUGCCCAUUCACUAUUUAUUGCAGUGCAUUAACUGACUGUCCCCUUUUUUCACCUCCACAAAUAACUACACUUUAAACCAGAAAGUAAAUCCUGUGAAAGCGCUUUGAGGAGUCUGGAGAACACUUAUAUAGCGAACUCCACGUGAGGCCGUGACUCUGAGCGCUUAAGCCACGGAGAGAGGGGCGGUGACUAGUAAGGCAAAAUGAGUAAGAAAAGAAAACGACAGGACGACUUUCAAAAGGUGAAGUUAAAAGUUGGUAAAAAGAAACCAAAAUCAGACAAUGCAACCAACACCAACUUUAAAACACAAGCUGUUCAUGUUCCGGAGCAACUCAAGACUGAUGCCUCUUUGCCAACGAAUAAUCGCAAACUCAAUGUUAAGGAUCUGCUGACACAGUUGCACCAUUAUAAUUCAGGGGUUAAACAGAGUGCACUGACUGGCCUGAAGGACCUCGUCUCCCAGCACCCAUCAGUAAUUACCUCUCAUCUCUCCAAUAUUCUCAGUGAUGUCUCAGCUGUGUUCACAGAUAAAGACCCCACUGUGAGGGCAGCAGCUGUCCGCCUUUUACACUUCCUUGCUCCCAGAAUUUCUGGUGAACAAAUGGCACCCUUUUAUCCCCUAGUUAGUGCACACCUUUCAAGUGCAAUGACUCACAUAGUGGAAGGCAUACAGGAGGAUGCAUUGAAGGUGCUGGACGUCCUGUUGGAACAUUACCCAGAGUUGCUCACUGAGAGUAGUAACGUGCUGCUGAAGAAUUUUGUGGAGCUCAUUUCACACCAGAAGUUUUCGAAAGAAAUGAAAGCUGGAGGGAAGACAUCGUCUUGGAUUCUGUCCAUUAAUCCAAAUCGCCAUAUCACCUCUCAGCAGUGGAGGCUUAACGUCCUGACCAGGUUGAAAAAGUUCCUGCAGACAGUGGUUGAGGGCUUAAGCCACUCGGUGGAGAAUGAAGCUAUUUUUGAGACGGAUGACAGAACUGGGUCUGAAUACAUGUCCACUUUAGAAGUGAAUUGGGAGCAGUAUAUAAAUGGACAACAGCAAAUACAGUUGUAUGAGCACUCUGGGUCCCAACCUUGCAUAGCAGCUCCAUUCAGGCUCAGAUCACUUCUAGGCAUUGGUGUUGGUACAGAAGAUGGUUUAUCCUCCAUAGAGAAUCUAAAGGCCUUCAUUAAGACGUUGGUCCCUCUACUUUUGGACUGUUGGGUGGAAGCUUCUCCUUCUCAGCUUGUUGCCCCCAUCCCUGGUAACCUGCUUGAGCCUGAAGCCAUGAUGCUCAUGAUGCAGGUUCUCAGUAUUAUCCAACUCUUGUGGAAGCUGAUGCACCAACAGGACGAGACUCAGAAAUUGGAGUCCUGGCUUCGAAAUCAGUAUCUCAAUGAUUUUAAAAAUCAUUUCAUUAGAAAUUUUCCAUACUCUGUAAUGGAGACUUUGAAACCAAAAAAGAAAGAUGGAACUAAAAAGGAAAAGCAAGGAGCAGCAGUUUUAAAUGGUGCAGAUCAUAUUCUUGCUUUGAACCUGGCUCUGUGUCAGGUUAUGGUGUUGCUCACCAAUACUUCGACGGUCCAUCUGGAUACCGAGUGGCUGGAACAAAUUAGAAAGUUUGUGACCGAAAGUUUAUCAGAUGGCAGGAAGCUGAGCUCUCAUCAGCUGAGUGGACUGUUAAUGGUCGUGUGGCGACUUGUCCUCAUACAGCGGAACAGAGGUGCCUCAGAGGAGCUGCUGAGAGCAGUUUAUACACAGUAUCAGCAACAAGGCCUCACACUCUCAGUUCGCACCCUUUUGCUCCAUUUCUUUAGUGGUCUUUAUCUGAGAGAGAAGUCUUCCAACCUGUUGAUUUCUAGAAGCAAGUUGCUGACUCGUUGGCUAGCAGGGUUGCCAUUACAGCUUGCUCAACUUGGUUCGAGAAACCCCCUUCUGUCAGCACAGCUUAUUAAUGUAAUACAUGCUGCAGCUGCUCGUGCAAACAAAGAGCUGCUUCAGAGUCUUCAAAGUAAUGUCUACAGAUUGUAUGAUCCACAAGAUGGCACUCUGGUUCUUCUUCCAUCUGACAUGCAACAUUGCUUGGUGCAGCUGGUGUACUUUCUACCCUGUAUUUCACCAGAAUUAUUGUCCUGUUUAAGUCGGUGCUGCACCAUGGGAAGGCUGUCCUCCAAACUAGCCACAUGUCUUAUCCGGAUAUUACACACAAGGUCGUCUUUCGGUGGAUGGACGACUUCACUUCAAGACAGUGUUGUGAAGGAUGUGGAUUACUUCAGCUUUCUGUUUUCUACACUUACUGGAUUCUCAGGAGACGAGUUGGCCUGGCUCCAAAACAGCAACAGUAAUCCUCAUGUAAGACAGACCCAGUUUUCACCCGUCCGCCUUUAUGUGACUGACCUGGACCAGUUUGUACAUCACUGGACUUUGACUGAGGUUGUGUGCCAUUGCCUGUCAUCUAUACCUUCCCGAAUCCAGUGCUGUGACAUCUUGCAAAGUGCCAUCUGCAAACAUCUGGUGGGUGUGAAUCUCUUGCCAGACAGCACGGCAGGAUCUGUCCUGACAGCUGUUAGCCAGCUCAUAGAUCCAGCCUUUAUUCCCAAUGAGUGUCUGUUGAAGUUUCUCGCCAGUUGUUGCUACAGCCUCCUUUACUUCAUACUAACCUUGGAGAAGAACAGCAGAGGGAACACACAAAAGUGGGAUUUGCUGUGGUCCUCGUGCCUCACAGCACUGAUCCACAUCCCCCGUCUACUGCGCCUGAUGCUGCAGGGUGUGAAGGUGAACGGCAGCAGCCAGGAGGAGCUCCCUGUCAUCGCACAGGUCCUUCGUCUUCUGCUCAAGCAGGCACAGCUCAGGCAGCACAUGGUGGCAAACGCUGCACUGUUACAACAGGUCAUACAGGAUAUCACGAACUGUAAAACGGGAGAUGGUCAAGAACAGUGGCUGACAGAACUUCAUUACUGGUUCAGUAUCUCCAUAACAGCACGGCCUAGGGGAACCACCAGUUUGCCAGUGACUUAUUAAAAUUUGCUGAAUCCACAAAACAGACACUCACUUGUAAAUCCUUGUAGUGGAACACAUUUGAGUCAUUGGACCACUGCUCAAGCAAUGCUGAAGAUAAUUCAAGCCGUAAUUUGUGAAUAAGAAUAAAAACAUGUUGUGCUGGACCAUUUUCUCCUUGCCUUUCCAAAUAAAGUGGAACCCACACAUUUGUUAUGUGAAGAGUACACUUAAAAUGUAAGCAUAUCAAAUGCAAGGAUUAUUAUGAUACUCAUUACUUUGACAUGUAAGGGAGUAUUGAACUGGGACAAAUGCACUCCUGUUGAAGUUUGCAUGGGGAGUACCCUCGCUGUUUCCACAAAGAUUGUGGAAGUGUGAAAAUAUUUUAUUGAUUAACAUGCAAAAACCUCUUACAUUCUACAAAGAUCAAUGUUUUAUUUGUUUAAAAAUGUGCCAUUAGUGCUUUUGCUUCUCCUUGGAUUGACUCUGAACAUUGUAAAUACAAUGACAUUCAGAUUAGAAGAAUACCUUGGCAUUUUUCUAAGCAUGCACUGCAAAUCUCCACAGAAUAUUCUACUGUGAACAUGAUUGUAUACGUUCAACUCACACCUGUUUCUUUACAAGAUAUGUUGGGUUUUGUUUGAUCAUUUAUUUUAUUACCAAAUAAAUCCCAGAAAAAUA